AUGGCGUCGAGUGUUCUGUUUCUCUUGUUCAUUACACUGCCAGUAUCAUUUGCAAAAGAAAAUUAUAGACGGGAAGGUUUUUUUGACCGAUUAAGCACUGGGAUGAAAUUUGCACAUGACUUCCUAGGUUCGGAGUCUGUAGCUCUAAAAGUAGCCAAUUUUGUGGUGCGAGCUUUCAACACUGUUAACAAUCCAACAACGUCGCGUAAAAACCAACCGCAUCCAAUUAAAGAUGAGUACACAGAAGACAGCGAUGAGGAUACAUUCCAGGAAAAUCAACCAAAUACUAAUCUUUACCAAACAUCUAACUUUAUGUCACCAUGGCGGCACAUUAUCCGCCUUUUAGGAUUACAACCAAAUCAAUUGAGCGCAGUUGCAGUAAACGCCCUUGUUUUUGUAGCACAAAUGAUAUCAACUUUCCUUUCCGGCUCGCUGCGGCCCGGCAAGACACAUCGAUCUGAAGAUACUACAGCGUGGCUACUGAAUAAAAAUUCAAAACAGCUUCAAGACCUUAUUACUGCUGCCAAAAACGAUUCUCUACCAGAUCAUAUCGAAGAUCUUAUUAAUGAACAAGAGUCUGAAGAAGAGACAAGUUGUAUACGUUUACUAGUUUGUAAAAUAACACCUUUUAUAAUUAAAAUGCAAAGUACAGUGUUCGGUAAAGACGACCCAGCAAGUAAAAACAAUUUUUCCGAUUCAUCCGGUGCUGCAAUACUUUACCGCCAUCUACCGACAACAGAAGAAAUUCAUAGUCGUAGCGACAUAUGCGAAAGUCGAUACAAGGGAUGCAAUUUGAAUGAAUAA